AUGCAUUUAAUUCCUUCCUCCGGUUUUUCCAUUCGUGUUGAAACUCCUCCUGGAGGCUCUAGAUACAAAGCAAUUGUGACAUUGGACACUGCUAUUACUAUAGAACUAUUGCUGAAAUCCGCAAGGAUUAAAAAUGGGUGUUUAUUUGUAAAAAUACUUAUGGAAUGCAAUGUCAAACUUUAUGUGACUAACAAAAACACUGUUUUGGAUAUUAGAUGUGUUCCUGUUUAUGGACAGGUUCUUUCAUUUGAUGGAAAGAAUCGAGAGGCAAUUAUAGCAGUUUAA